GCCGCCGUGGCCGGCUCGGCCUGCCCUUUGUGCCCGCAGCCCGCGCCCCGUGCCGAUGGCCGCUGCGCCGGGCUUCCCGGCCGCUCGCGCCCGCCGGCGGACCUAACCCCGCGCGCCUGGGAUGCGCCGGGGAUGCGCGUCCUCCGGCCCUGCGGCUCCUCGCGGCUGGGCGCCGGGCGAUGGAGCUGAGCAUGAAGAAGUUCACCGUGCGCAGGUUCUUCUCCGUGUACCUGCGCAAGAAGUCGCGCUCCAAGAGCUCCAGUCUUAGCCGACUCGAGGAAGAAGGCAUCGUGAAGGAGAUUGACAUCAGUCAUCAUGUGAAAGCAGGCUUUGAAAAGGCCGACCCUUCCCAGUUUGAACUGUUAAAAGUUUUGGGACAAGGGUCCUAUGGAAAGGUGUUCCUGGUGAGGAAGGUCAAGGGGUCGGAUGCUGGGCAGCUCUACGCAAUGAAGGUUCUUAAGAAGGCCACCUUGAAAGUUCGGGACCGAGUCAGAUCGAAGAUGGAGAGAGACAUUUUGGCAGAAGUGAAUCAUCCUUUCAUCGUAAAGCUUCAUUACGCCUUCCAGACGGAGGGAAAACUCUAUCUGAUUCUGGACUUCCUGCGCGGAGGAGACCUCUUCACCAGGCUCUCCAAAGAGGUGAUGUUCACGGAGGAGGAUGUCAAGUUCUACCUGGCUGAGCUGGCCUUGGCUUUAGACCACCUGCACAGUCUGGGGAUCAUCUACAGAGACCUGAAGCCAGAAAACAUCCUCCUGGACGAAGAGGGACACAUUAAGAUCACAGACUUCGGGCUGAGUAAGGAGGCCAUUGACCACGACAAGAGAGCCUACUCCUUCUGCGGGACGAUCGAGUACAUGGCGCCCGAGGUGGUGAACCGGCGGGGCCACACGCAGAGCGCCGACUGGUGGUCCUUCGGCGUGCUCAUGUUCGAGAUGCUCACGGGGUCGCUGCCGUUCCAGGGGAAGGACAGGAAGGAGACCAUGGCCCUCAUCCUCAAAGCCAAGCUGGGCAUGCCGCAGUUCCUCAGUGUGGAGGCUCAGAGUCUUCUGAGAGCCCUCUUCAAACGGAACCCCUGCAACCGGCUGGGUGCUGGCCUGGACGGUGUGGAGGAGAUCAAGCGCCACCCUUUCUUUGUCACCAUCGACUGGAACAAGCUGUACAGGAAGGAGAUCAAACCGCCCUUCAAGCCGGCGGUGGGCAGGCCGGAGGACACCUUCCACUUCGACCCUGAGUUCACGGCGAGGACACCCACAGACUCACCUGGCGUCCCCCCCAGCGCCAACGCUCAUCACCUGUUUAGAGGAUUCAGUUUUGUGGCCUCCAGCCUGGCCCAGGAGCCCUCGCAGCAAGAUCUGCACAAAGCCACAGUUCACCCCGUCGUGCAGCAGUUACACGGGAACAACACCCGCUUCACCGAUGGCUACGAGGUCAAGGAGGACAUCGGGGUGGGCGCCUACUCCGUAUGCAAGCGCUGUGUGCACAUGGCCACAGACGCCGAGUACGCCGUGAAGAUCAUCGAUAAGAGCAAAAGGGACCCCUCGGAAGAGAUUGAGAUCCUCCUGCGGUACGGCCAGCACCCCAACAUCAUCACCCUCAAAGACGUCUACGACGACGGGAAGUUCGUGUACCUGGUGAUGGAGCUGAUGCGGGGUGGGGAGCUGCUGGACCGUAUCCUGCGGCAGAGGUACUUCUCAGAGCGGGAGGCCAGCGACGUGCUGUGCACCAUCACCAAGACCAUGGACUACCUCCACUCCCAGGGGGUUGUUCAUCGGGACCUGAAGCCGAGCAAUAUUCUGUAUAUGGACGAGUCUGGAAACCCUGAAUCCAUCCGAAUCUGUGACUUCGGGUUUGCCAAGCAGCUGCGAGCCGAGAAUGGGUUGCUGAUGACCCCCUGCUACACAGCCAACUUCGUUGCCCCGGAGGUCCUGAAGCGGCAAGGCUAUGACGCGGCUUGUGACAUCUGGAGUCUGGGGAUCCUGCUGUACACCAUGCUGGCGGGAUUUACCCCUUUUGCAAACGGACCAGAUGAUACCCCUGAGGAUAUCUUGGCAAGGAUUGGCAGCGGGAAAUACGCGCUUUCCGGGGGAAACUGGGAUUCCAUAUCUGAUGCGGCAAAGGAUGUCGUGUCCAAGAUGCUCCACGUGGACCCUCACCAGCGCCUGACCGCGGUUCAAGUGCUCAGACACCCGUGGGUGGUGAACAGAGAGUACCUGUCCCCAAACCAGCUCAGCAGACAAGACGUGCACUUGGUGAAGGGAGCGAUGGCCGCCACCUACUUCGCUCUGAACAGAGCCCCCCAGGCCCCGCGGCUGGAGCCUGUGUUGUCCUCCAGCCUGGCCCAGCGCCGGGGCAUGAAGAGACUCACGUCUACGCGGCUGUAGCCGAGCCCGGCGCCCGCUCAUCCUGCACCUCCUCAUGCGGCCGGAGAGGAUCCGGGCGGGUGACCUCCCGACGCCGGGCUGUGCCGACCUUGCCAUCUCCGCCCCCAGCCCACCAGACGGAGUCCUUCCGCCGCGGACCGUGCCAAGCACCUGGAGGCGCCUCCGGCCCGUGGGUCUCGCGCAGUCACGGCUUGUGUUUCCGUGGAGAGACGUGUUUCCCAGUUAUAAAGUCAGCAGCCUGGUCUGAUUCCCGGCACACACAGCCCAGGUGUCACGGUGUGAAGGUGACGGUUAACGGCAGAGCCCUGGGGGCCUGGCUUCUGCGCCUCUGCCCUUGCCCACGGCUGAGUGACCGGUGGGCACAGGGCACCUAGGAGCAGACGCCUGGUCCCUCCAGAUGAUCCAAAGAGCCCUUGUCUCAUUGCCCCCCACGUGGGACUGAGGCCCCCGCAUCUCUCCUGUUGCACAUCUGACGGGGCGAGGCCACCCCAGCACCGGGGGCGGCAGCUUCGCCUCUCUGGCCGCGUUUCACGAGAAUCGCUCGCGUCCCCGGGAGGGAGCCAGCCAAACUUGUGCCCACGUUUUCGCGUUCUCCUGAGGACCGGGGCUGCAGGAGCGGCUGCUUCUCGCUCCCGCCCCGGCUCAAGGGUCGCCGCGGCCGCCUCGAGCUUCCGAGAGGGCCUGGGCUUCCCUGAGCGCUGGCUUUCCCCUUUCAUGGAAAGCCUGUGGCCCGUGGGAGCCCUCAGUUGGGUUGCCUCCCGUCGGUCCCUUCUCGGGUCCCCUGGAGACCCCUGCCCCCCGCCCGGGGCCAGAGGGGAGCGGAGGGUGUGUUGCCGAGAGCAGGGGCGCCCUUUGUGGAAGCUGUGCUUUCGUGGCGCGCUUUGUGUUUCUGUUGCACAGGUCUGUCCUCACCUGACAUGUCAGGGCUAUUUGAUGUUUCCCCCGGGGCGUGUGAACACAGGAGUGGGUGUGAUGCAGGGCGAGCCACCGCCGGGGCCUGGAGGACAGAGGCCUGUGUCCUCCCAGCCGGCCCCGAGCCAGGGGGCCACCGGCCGGCUGACCGGCGGGCCCUUGCCCACCGAGCUGUGACUGGCCAGCAUCGCUGGGCACCCCCUGCCCUCGGGGGGAGGGGGAGCUCCUGUUGGUCUCAGCCGGGUUUUCACCAAGAAGACAAUUUUUCAAAGUCCCUCCAUUUCAACUCACUCUGGUACCCAACUCGACCGAC